AUGGACACGCUCCCGUCGGACGUGACGCUGGUCUGCGGCGCGGUGGUGUUGGCGGUGUGGGCUGGGGCAGGCGCAUUGGCUUUUGUCUCGGACACCACGUCUGUGGUGGAUGAACAGGCCAAGGCGAUCCGAUCGUCAGCGGUCGAGGCCGCACAGCAGAACAAGGCUGCAGCAGCGAGCGCCAGAGACGGCGGCGACGACGCCCACCACGGCCCGGACAAGAACAAGUGGCGCAAGUGGAUCCGCCGGUACCGAUGGGCCUUGCUCUCACUGACGCUCUUCUGGGAGUUCCUCCAGCUCUUUCAGCUCACCUUUACCGGCUCUGUUCCCUGGCCGCAGCCGAUCAAGGACGUCCUUGCCGUCUUUGUAGUCGCCGUCAAGGGCCGCCUCGCCGUCAUCAUGUUUCUGGUCACUUCGGGCAUCACCCUCCUGGCGCUCGGCAUCUUUGCCCUCCUCGAGCACCGCAUGAUCCUGCGUUGGCUGAGGUGCUCGCGCUGCUGCGGGUCCUCACCUCACGCAUCCGGUGACGACGAUGACAGGCCCCACAAGGCGUACGAGCCGUCGCCGCCGCACGCGGCUGCAACGCCGGCGCUCACCCCGGCUUCGCCAUCUACAGGCAGUGCAAGCGGCCGAGGCAAGGCAAAUGGCAAGGGCAAGGCCCAGGACAAGCCCAGGCCCAGGCCCAGGUCCAAGUCCGAGGCCAAGGGCAAGGUCAAAGGCAAGGCACCGGCCCCACCGUCGGUUGCCAAGGCCAAAGGCAACCGCGUCGUCUCGCAGUCGCUGCCGCCGCUCGACAAACGGCGGCUUGCGGCAAAAGCUAGCGGCAGCGGCAGCGGACGCGGCUCGCGGCGCAAGUCCAAAGUUGCGAUCGAACAACAAGAGUCGGCCUGCUUCGCGGCCUCGGCUCCUUUGUCAGAGAGUGAGCAGAUCGAAGACGUCGACUUGCUCAACGAGGGCGGCUCCGACGAUGCGUCCACCCGAUCGGCGUCGAUCGAGUCGGACGACCUCGUAGAAAUCGGCGAUGCGGUCAUGCUUGCCAAGAACCGCCGGCCCGGCGCCAUCCGCAAGCUCCGAGCAUGGUGGCACAAGUGGCGCAUCAUUGUGUACGAGGUCUUUGGCACGCUCCUUCUCGACAUCAUGUUGAUGCCGUCGUCGCGACUCGCGCUCGAGAUGGUCUCCUGCCGGAAAAGCAUCCUUGACUCGCCUUCGCUCAACUCGUGGCCUGAGAUGCGGUGCUGGGAAGGGCCGCAGCUCGGCUACGCCGUUGGGGCCAUGGCCUCAUAUUCAAUCAUGUACAUGGCGGCGCUCAAGUUCUCGCUGGCCGGGAACGACCUCAAUCCUGAGUUUCAGUACCUCCCACGGUUCAACGUGGCGCUAAUUAUGGCCGAACUGUACUUUGUCAUCCUCACCACUAUCUUCAAGGGCCUCUCGUGGGCCAUUGUCUCGGGCGUCACACUCGGCCUCAUCCUGCUUCUCACUUCGAAUAUUAUGCUCCAGCCUUGCCUCGGCGAGGGCUCCGUUUCCAACCAUUGGCGGUCGGCAUCCUUUGCUGGAUGUCUCCUCGCCGCACUCUGCUCGAUUGUGCAGCGGUUGAUCAACAACGACGAUUCCUACGUCGUCUUUUUUGUCAUGUGCGUUCUCUUUCUCCCGGUCACCAUCUCGGCGCUGCUCUUCUCGCGCUACUGGGCCCGCCGCAUUGUCCGCAACCUCUUGGUCAACCUCUCCAAGCUCGACCCCGACUCACACGUCGCCGAUGCCGCCACUGCCCUCAACGGCGUGGCCAACCUCGCACUCGCGCCUGAGAUGCGCAGCCUCGUCCUCGCCGACGAUGGAGCGCUCAUCCCCAACAUGGCCCACAUGCUCGCCAUGGGCUCGCCUGACGUCUCACGCGCCUCGCUCCGCGUCAUCUCCAACCUUGCCAUGGACCCGAUUGGCAUGCGCCUCUUUGCCCGCUCGUCGGUUGUCCGCGGCAUCAUCGGCGUCCUCGAGCUUGCCAACCGCCAGUUGAGGGCUGCACCCGGCGGGCCGGCCGCGGCGCGUUCCCGCGCCCGCACCCUCGGCGCUCGCCGCACUCGCCGAGUCAGACCCGGCGCCGUGCCACCAUCGUCGUCGUCGUCACCGGCCACCAUCGCAGACUCGGCCGCUCUUCUUGGCUCGGUACGUGAAGUCACCGAUCUUGCCAUCAUGGCCAUGCGUACCCUGACCAAGCUUGCCUCGGUCCCGCGCGUCAACGAGCACAUGGUCGAGGACGGUGCCCACCGCAUCGCGUCCAGCAUCGUCCGCUCGCGCUACCAUGUCGAGCACGGCCGCGUCCAGCUCGUCAUUGUCGCCGUCCGGCUCAUCACUCAGAUUGGCUACAUCGUCAUCGACAAGCCCGCCAUCAUCAAGACCGACGCCAAGAACGUACUCCGCCUCGCCCGCGCCUACGGCAAGGCCCAUCCCAAUCUCACCCGUGCCGCCGUCAUGUUCCUCACCGUUCUCGCAGCAAAGGGCCCCGAGGCCAACCGCCUCGAGCUCGGCAAGUACGGAGCCGUCGAGGACGCUCUUGCCAUCAUGCAUCGCACCACCUCGGCUGAGACCACUCGCUACGCCCUCCUCGCCAUCGCCAACCUCUGUUCUACGCCCGCAAACCGCACUCGCAUCCGCAGGGUCUACCUCAACGAGAUCCUCUCUUACACCCACUCGCCGCUCGCCAUGGUCCGCCACCCUGCGGCAAAGCUCUGCGAUCUCCUCGGCCUCGCCCAUGACGUUCCACACUCUGACUACCGCAAGCCGCACCCCGGCGCUGCCGCGCCGUCCUCGUCGUCCUCUUCCUCGUCAUCGUCGUCGUCGUCCUCGUCAUCGUCACUCCUCUCGCACUCGUCGUCGGCCGCCUCGUGCUCCCGCUCCGGAAAGCUCUCGCGCCGGACGUCACGUGCUGACUCGACCGCCUCGCGAAAGUCCUCCGCCACCGGCCUUGGCUCGGGCUCUCGCCGCGGCUCGCGCCGUCGCUCUGCAGUUGGCAAGCCGUCGCCGCUCACUACGCCUGGAUCCGGGCCCGGGCCCGGGCACCGUCGCUCCCGCGGGCGUGGCCGCGGUCGUGGGCGGGGAAAGUAA